AUGUCACAAGUAAGCCCUACCCAAAGAGUUCAAAACAAUCACAUCGAAGCGUUCGAAAUCGACUUCGACCAGUACAUCAGAGAACGCCGCGAAGAUUGCAGGUCUUGGAAUCAAAUCAUUACAGGAACAUUAUCAAACAGAAUCGACCAAUGCAAAAUUGCGAUCGAGAAGCUAGAUAAGGAGAUUGAGUUCUGUGAUGAGAGAGCUUCUAGCAUAGAGUUAGACAGAGUCUCAACGCCGGAUUACCAAGGCUGGCUCCUAGAGAGCUAUGAGCAACUCUUAAACGUUUUGUACGCGCUAAAAGCUUGGUUCCGCCAAUAUCAAGACGAUUAUGAAGCGUUGCAUCACGCAUUGAGCAAUCGAGAUGCCGUGACUGCUGAGGAAAUCCAGCGAGAUCUGGAGGAACCUUCAGAGUAUGGAGAACCUAUUGAAGAAGACCAAUUUGAACUGGAAGGAGAUUCGGAGAUGGAAGACGAUACUGAUGAUGGCAGCGAGUCGGGAUUCGAAGAUGAUCCUAAACGAUCUUAA